UGGGAGGGACAGCACAACCUAAGAUAGGUAGAUGAUGAGAAACCAAAACAGCUUGUCAUUGCGUGGAUGGCGGAAGGCCAACCGUACCGCCUGUGGGAUAGAAACACAUCUGAAGUCAAGAAAAGGCGGCGUUUACUUCACGGUAGGAAGGUAGGUAACAAUGGGAAACUAGAGGAACCGGCGAUGAAGACGUCCGAGAGCCAGCGGGAGACGUUCAAUCACCCCUGCAAAGAACGCCUGAUUAGGCGCGGCAGCACAGUCGAAAGACAAGCCGCGAGAACCGAUCUUCAACGUAUGAACGGGCCGGUUGAGUGCCUUGUGACAACGUCGAGCCGGCACCCGGAAGAUGUCUGUAUCCUCUACUCUGCACUCCGUACACUGCUCCGCUCCCCCAUCCCUGCCGGCGCCAUAUCAGGAGCAAGGGUUCGUACGGCGGAGCCCUGUCCCCGGUCCCCGGGACCGGGGACCGGUGUGGGUCAUCCCACUAUCACACCGUUGCAUCGGACCCGCCGGGCCCCCACACAUGGAAGACUUCUGGAAAUGUUCCAUGAGAGGGAGAGGGGCCUCCCCGGGGAUCCGGAUGCGGUGCAGGGCGGGAUUCUACUAAGAUGGUACCCGCUUGAGAGCUAGGUUACCUCGUCCGGUGGUUGUGGCGGUGGGUUUGGUGUUCGCCGGCGGGUACCCGCUCUCCGGAUCCGGCGCCGUGGUGUCUUUGAAGGUCUUUGAAGUCUUCUUUGUUUUGGUGGGCACCGCGAGGGGGCAGCUGAGUCCCGGGCUGUAGAACUUGAGGGAGGGGAGAAGCUGUCUUUGCUGACCGCCGAAUCUGGGUAGGCGGGCGCUAUGCGCCACGCGGACGGGUGGGAUGGG